UUGACACAAAUACAUUUUUAUUGGUUUACACUCUAGUGAUUUAACUUGAAAGAAAGGGGUAUUCAAGAUGAGGAUAGCCUUCUGUUUUAUUGUCUUCGCUAUUUCUGGGGCUCUCUCAUAUGGAAUAGACUCAAAUCCCUUCAGCGAUGAGUUCAUAGAUUACAUCAACAGCCAACAAACUACUUGGACUGCGGGUAGAAAUUUCGAUAAAAAUACUCCGAAGUCUCACAUUCGUAAUUUACUUGGAGCUAUCAAAUCACCGGUACCCAGAUCUGCCAGGAAUGUUGUUUUUCACAGCGAAGAUACUCCAAUUCCUGAAUCCUUCGACUCUCGUGAAAACUGGCCCGACUGUAAUAUUAUCAGAGUAAUCAAGGAUCAGUCCUCAUGUGGUUCAUGCUGGGCUGUUGCAGCAACUUCCGCAAUGAGUGACAGGAUUUGCAUUCAUUCUAAUGGGAAAAAACAAAUAUCUGUUUCAGACGAAGACUUGAUAUCAUGUUGUUCAGAAUGCGGGUAUGGGUGUCAAGGAGGAUUUACUAUGGAAGCGUGGAAUUAUUGGCGGGAAAGAGGUCUUGUUUCAGGGGGACCUUAUAAUUCGACGACGGGAUGCAGAGCUUAUUCUUUAGCACCAUGCGAACAUCAUACAACCGGUUCCAAACCGGCAUGUCCUAAAGAUAUUUCUCCCACUCCUAGAUGCAAUGAACAGUGUGACAAACAAUCUUCCUUCUCCUAUCAAUCUGACAAAUCAUAUGGACAAAAUUCUUAUUAUGUUGGUGUGUUAGAUGAGCAGAUACAAUUGGAAAUAUUGAAAAAUGGUCCCGUUGAAGCUGCAUUUAUUGUAUACACAGAUUUUUUAACUUAUAAGAGUGGUGUCUACCAACAUGUUGCUGGUGAAGUUGCUGGCGGACAUGCUGUAAGAGUCUUAGGAUGGGGAGUUGAAAACGGUACACCGUACUGGCUGGUUGCAAACUCCUGGAAUGAAGACUGGGGUGACAAGGGUUUAUUCAAAAUAAUCAGAGGGAGAAAUGAAUGUGAGAUCGAAGAUGAAAUAGUAGCUGGAUUGCNUUAUAUUUCGAGCGAAGACUUUCCCUUUCUAUUUGAAAAAUAG